GUUAGUUGUACCCACGUUUUACCUUUGCUUUACAAAGACAUAUAUUUAUGAUGGAUAAGAAAAUUCUCCUAUUAUCUGCUGCUUCCAUUGCAACAUUUCUUUUAAUUCAGACAAGCAAGAAAAAACGCCAACGAAGUAUGUGGUCUAGAGCUUGGCUUCAAAAAAGACAGGAAGGUCGUGGUGUUUUAAGUAUGGUGGAAACUGAAUUAAAAGACAGUGAUUCUGAAAAAUAUAGACAAUUUUUAAGAAUGUGUGAGCCACAAUUUGAUGAACUUCUUGAACUGAUUCGAGAAGAUAUUACCAAACAAGAUACAAUUUUAAGAAAAAGUAUAUCUGCAGAGUAUAGGUUGGCUUUAACUUUAAGGUUCUUAGCAAGUGGUGAAUCGUAUCGGUCGUUGAUGUUUUCGACCCGUAUUCAUGAAAGUACAAUUAGUAUAAUAGUACCCGAAGUCUGCCAAGUGAUUUACAACAAAUUAAAAGAUGAGUACAUGAAGAUGCCUCAAACUGUGAACGAGUGGCAGCAAGUGGCAAAUGCCUUUGAAAAUUUGUGGCAAUUUCCAAUGUGCCUUGGCGCCAUUGAUGGCAAGCACAUUAACUUUCGUGCCCCACGUAGCAGCGGAUCCUAUUAUUAUAACUACAAAGGACAGUUUAGUAUAGUGCUGAUGGCAGUGGCAAAUGCGGAAUAUAAAUUCCUGUAUAUUAAUGUAGGAGUAAAUGGUAGAAUGAGCGACGGAGGUGUAUUUAGAGAGUCCUCACUCAAAAAAGCCAUGGAAAGAAACCUACUUAAUUUUCCUCCAGAUCAAAAUUUGCCAAGGAGCAACAGUGGUGUGCCAUAUGUUUUUGUUUGUGAUGAUGCAUUUCCCUUGUCAGAACGUAUAAUGAAACCUUAUCCUUCAAGAAAUUUAUCUAAUGACAAAAGGAUUUUUAAUUAUCGUUUAUCUCGAGCACGGAGAGUGAUUGAAAAUGCAUUUGGCAUAAUGUCCAAUAGGUUUAGAGUGCUCUUAUCAACCAUAAAUUUGGGUCCAGAUAAGGUUGAAACAAUCACUCUUGCCUGUUGUGUCCUACACAAUUUUUUAAUUUCUAAAAAUUCAUCAUAUGCAGAAUCAGAAACUGAGUCAAUAAAUCCAAGAUUAAAUAAUUUAAAUCAGUUACAAGGUGGUAAUAGGCCAGCAGAAAUGGCUUUAUCUGUGAGAGAUAAAUUUAAAAAUUAUUUCAUGAAUGAAGGUUCUGUACCUUGGCAAAAUAAAUGUCUUACUUAAAUAAUAGUAAUAUUUAUUUUAAUUAAAAUAGUAUUAGGUAUGUACAUAUUCUUUUUCUUAAGGUGCCUUAUCCAUUACCGAAGAUUGGCUAUAACUACAGCAAAUUGUUGUCUAUCUUGAGCUGUUCUUGUAUUCGCGGUGUUCAAGUACUCGGAAGGGAUACGCGAAACGAUCGUGCGCGAAUAGCGGAGAAAUCUGGCAACUUUCUUAAUAAUUCAUAUUGUCAAUUGAAAUUGUCAAAUUGACGUACAUUUCAUACCUAUUGUCAUUUAAGAAGAAAAAAUAUAUAUUGCUUCACAAUAUUGAUAUGAUAUGCAAUUAUUAUAUAAAGGUAAAUUUAAUUAAUUGUAUUUUGCUUGCAGUACUGCAUUUUAAUAACUAAUUUUAUUUACUACAUACAAUUGUUGACAAUUUAAUAACAUAACCUAAAUCUUAUUUUUUCUUAUUAUUUUUUUGGACUAUGGCCUUGACAAUUAUCCAGUAACCAGGACCAUAUGAUUGGCCAAUAAUUAAAAGUGCGAAUAAAAGUUCAGAGCGAAGAAACCAGGUGUCGCUAUUCCGAACUUGCACGGUCCCAAUACAUCCCUGCCCAGUCUCCUACAUUCUUCAGCCAGGAGCAUUUUCUUCUUCCUGGACCUCUUCUUCUUUCCAGUUUCCCUUACAUUAUGAAUAGUAAAAAGUUUAAUCUUUCUCUGUAAAUAUUUCAUAGAUAAGAAAGUCAUAAAAAGAGAUCUUCAGCAUCCUUCGAAAAACAAACAUCUCAAAGGCUUCAAUACACCUUAUACUUGUAAUUUUGAGAGUCCAUGUUUCUACUUUGUAUAGCAAUAUGGAAUAAGUGAACGUUUUUACAAAUUGGUAUCAGAUAUCCAAAGAGUUGAUUAGGAAUUUUUUCAUUCUUUUCAGGAAAAGCGGACCUAGCAAACUCUAUAAGAGCACAUAUUUUGACCUUUAUCUGUUUGUUAUAUAUUAAUAUCAGCAUUUGGUGUACGUAUAAUAACCACUACCCUUGUUUUAUUUGUGUUUAUAUUCAUCCCCUGGUUUUGGCAUUCAAAAAUCGUUGCAAAACCCUCAGUGCUGUUCACAAAAAUAACAGUGUCAUCUGCAUAUCUUAAGUUGUUUACUCUCUGUUGAUUUUUAAUCCUUCAAUAUUUUCGAAGGCAUUUUGAAAGAUCUUUUCAGAAUAUAUGUUAAAUAAUAGUGGAGAAAGUACACAGCCCUAACGAACUUCUCUUUUUAUUGGCAUUUCUGCUGUCAGAUGACUGACGCCAUUUGAUCCCAAUAUAGGUUUUUAACACAUUCAUGGUCUUCUAGUUCAGCUUGUAUCACGGUUGUGUAUCAAUUUUUUGUUUGACCUGUACCUAUUUUUUUAUUUUUAAUGUUCUCCCUGUCACAUGCUUUCCAUAAAUUGAGUUCUAAUCCUGAUUAUUAAAUGUACCACUUAUCGCACUUGUAAUGCUGUUUAAAGCAUUGCAUCAUUGCACCACUUCAUCUAGCUAGAAUAUUAUUAGAAGCAGCAGAGACAAUGACAGUGACUAAAAAGAUGAACAAAACUUAAGAACAGUAGAGAGAAAGAUCAUGAGAGCCAUACUGGGACCAAUCAGAACAGAGCAAAAUGAAUAUAUACAGUGAAGAGUAUGUUAGUAACCCGCAAAAUAAUGUAUAAUACAUUGUAAAAUAAAAAGCGAUGAAACUAGUAGAGGCGAGAAAUUAUGAAUAGAAAUCUAUAAAUUUAUAUUAUAUUUCUAGUAUAUGCCAGAAAAUUAUAAUUUAAAAAUAAAAAUCAACCUGUUUCGGGAUUUAUCUCAAGAGUCACCCAUUCUCAAGAAAAUUAAUUUAUUCCAACUCAAAAAUCCUCACCAUA